UAGACCAAAUCUUCAGUAUUUUUUAAUUGACUGGUAUUCGAGAUCGUAACGGAUCAUUAUUUUGUUUUCGGUGUAGCGUGCCAUGUUUCCAAAUAUUUGGAACAGAUAUAAUUAAUAUAGUUUGUAUUGAAUCAUUUGUUUAAUGUCGCUACAAUGGAGUGGCAGUCUAGUUGAAUUAUUUGUUUGCCAUUAAGAAUGACAGACUAAUUAUGUCUGGAAAUCUUGCUGUGGUUGGUUUCGAAGGUGAACUCAACUCGAUUGUGAAAGAGUAUUUACUGUUCAACACCUUGGAGAAGAGUUGUCUGGUGUUUGAGAAGGAAUGCAACGAGAAGGGAAAGCCUAUUUCACCAACAGAUGGCAGGGCACCAACCGACCAGAAGCUGCUAUCAGUGCAGAAUGAAAUGCUUCAGAGUUACAGAACUGGAAAUCAUCAACCAUUCCUAAAACUGUGGAACGAAUAUUUACCUGCAAGCUUCCGCAAUGACGACUCUGUAGCUCAAAAACUGGAAUUUUAUCUUCACAUCUACUUUGCGAUCUACCCCAUAAAACAUGGCCACACUCGUGAAGAAGCUGAUGCGAACAUGGUGGAAUUUAAACAAUUCAUCGAGACCCGCGGCUCCACUCUCAGUCAGACGACAGAGUUCCUUCCCUUUUACGCACUUCCAUUUGUUCCCAAUCCAAAGGCACACCCGUCAUACAAGGAGCUGUUUUCAGAUAGUUGGUCCGAAGAUUUAGAAAACAGACUGGACAAGUUCAUCUCUCUCGCCCUGAAGUCUGCACCACAGCCCAGAUUGUUUGAUCUUUAUCGCAGUGCGGGAGGCGAUGAUAAGAAUCUGCACCAGGAAAACACCAUUCUUCAGCAGAGAGUGGCCGAUGCAGAAAAGAAGACGAUGACGUACAUCAAACGACACAACAAAGUGCAGGCCGACUACCACAACUUGAUUGGAAUCACGGCUGAUUUGGUUGAUGCUCUGGAGUCGACGGUUCAAGGACAUACGGAAAACCCCACCAAAAUAAGCCCGGAGUAUCUUCAGCAGCUGUGUACGCGGCUGUUCAGCGCCCACAUGCGGACGUCGGUCGAGUUCCGACCUGGCACGGCCGGGGAUGUGCUCCGAGCAUCCGUCGCUCCUCAGAUGCGCCCGGUGACAGUGGCAGAAUACCCUCCACUGGAUUUUGUCAAAAUAAAGAAGGACUUGAUGUCUGGAGUGGAAAGCAAAGUUGCCCUGUUACUGCAAGCUCUUAGAUGGCGUCUCACCCGAUCCCGCGUGGACCAGCGUGAUGCCAUUGUCACUGCGUACAUCAACAACGACCUGCUUGGAUGUGCAAAGUCGGGAACUCAGAGGGAAACCAUUCAGAAACUAGUCACGUCCGACUCGGAGAUCGUCCGGGAAUACACGGCCAGACUCUUCAACGCAUUCGCCUCUCUAUCUGUUGGUCGGACGUAUCUUGCACAGAACCCUGACCUAAUGCCAGCGUUGAUGCGAAUCCUGCAGGGAGAAGACAAGGAAUCGAUGACCCGUGAAAUGGUUCUCGGAGCUCUUCAGAAACUGAGUCUCAGACGGGCGUUGCAGUCUGCGAUGAUAGACAAAGGUGUCAUUGAGUGGCUCGUCUCGGUGCUCGAGGACAACGACUCACUGUCGGACUACACUCUCGAGUACUCCGUAGCACUGCUCAUGAACCUCUGUCUCAGAACAUCCGGUAAACAAAGGUGUUCCAGGAUUGCCAGACAAGUGUUGAAAGUUUUGAGUGAUCUGCUGGGACACGAAAACACUGAUAUUCGUCCCUAUGUAAAUGGUGCCUUGUACAGUAUCUUUGCCAUUCCAUCCAUCCGAGAUGAAGCUAAAGCUAUGGGCAUGGAGGAAAUCUUGAAGUGUUUCAUCAAGGAGAAUCAGCAUGACACUAACCGACAGAUUGAGUUCAUCAUUAAACAGCUCAACUCCUCUGAAAAUGUUGACGAUGUUGACUCUGACGAUGAGGAAGAGGAAGACGAUGAAGAGGAGGACCAGGAUGCGCUGGAGGCAGACAUUGAUAAAGACGAGGUUGUUCGACCUCAGCCGGGCGAACUGGCUGGAGAGGGUCUCCUCACCAGAGAUUACUUAGGCCCACCGAGCACGGCAAAGGCUAGGAGAAAACAUUCCGACAACGCGUUGGGACAGCAUCGUCCACUUCAGCGACCUGUGACCCCGGGUCAACGACGAGCUGCUGACCUCUCUGUGUACACAGCACCAGCUCCGAUGCUGCCACCUGUUAGUCGACCAAGCACGGGACACAAAGACUUGACAGCGCGACCGCCCACGCGAAGUGGAAGUCGACCCAGCUCCCAGCAAACUGCUCAAGAAGUUCUGUCUGUCCGUCCUGCUAGCCAGUCGAGUGACAAGUCCAUGCGUCCGUCCACAAAAGCGUUGGAGAAUCUAGGACCUAACGCAGAAUUAACGCAGUCAUUAGACUGCACCUUAGCAGAUGAAGAGAACAAUGGUAACAUAACAAUCAAGUUGAAUAUCAAGGAGUACAAAGCGGCGUUUGGCUCGCGACCCCGCCUGAUGCGGACGCCGGACAUCUCCGGCCUCAAGCGGCCACCCAGCCAGCGGUCAUCCAUCUCUAAAGAUCCCCCGCCUCAACCACAGUUCUCAGAGUCCGGCCCAAGACCCAGCUCGGCAGGUAAAACAGGCUCCACAAGUCCACGGAAGGCCUCAACAAGCAGUCAGGGCAGUUCCGGUCGACCUAUGAAGUCACGACCCCCUCACAAGUGACAAGACACCGCCACGAAUACAUUCCUUUCUUCCUCUGUUAGCUUGUUAGUGCUAAUGACAAUCUGUUUUAUAAGUGACUGAGCAUUGCAUCAACGUGGCGCAUGAAUGAACUUGUAGAUUUUUAUCUUCUCUAUUUUAUUUUUAAAUGCUACUAAUGGAGUAUGUUAGGUGACUCACUACCCCCAUUAUUAUAUCUGGAACAGUUCCUUGUAGUAGUAACAAAUACAUGAAUUGAAACCCUAGUGGUAAAUACAAAAGUAUUCCUAUUUAAUGAAUACAUACAUUUAUAGCAUAGUACUGUAGGUAAUAAAUAGUUCCUUGUAGUAGCAAAUACAUGAAUUGAAACUCUAGUAGUACAUACAAACAUAUUUCUAUUUAAUAUUUACAUACAUUUAUAGCACAGUGCUGUAAGUAAUAAUAGAUAAAAUACAUAUUAAGUCAUCAAAUUAAUUAAUUUGUAUCCAUGUAAUAUAUACAUUAAUACAUACAUUAAUACAUACAUUAAUCCAUACUCAUAUAAUUGUACAUAUGUAAUACAUACAUGAAUCCAUACUCAUCAAAUAAGUUGUACCCAUGUACAUGUAAUACAUACAUUAAUACAUACAUUAAUACAUACAUUAAUACAUACAUUAAUCCAUACUCAUAUAAUUGUACAUAGUUAAUACAUACAUGAAUCCAUACUCAUCAAAUAAGUUGUACCCAUGUACAUGUAAUACAUACAUUAAUACAUACAUUAAUACAUACAUUAAUACAUACAUUAAUCCAUACUCAUAUAAUUGUACAUAGUUAAUACAUACAUGAAUCCAUACUCAUCAAAUAAGUUGUACCCAUGUACAUGUAAUACAUACAUUAAUUCAUACAUUAAUACAUACAUUAAUACAUACAUUAAUACAUACAUUAAUCCAUACAUUAAUCCAUACUCAUCAAAUAAGUUGUACCCAUGUACAUGUAAUACAUACAUUAAUUCAUACAUUAAUACAUACAUUAAUACAUACAUUAAUACAUACAUUAAUCCAUACUCAUCAAAUAAGUUGUACCCAUGUACAUGUAAUACAUACAUUAAUUCAUACAUUAAUACAUACAUUAAUACAUACAUUAAUACAUACUCCUCAAAUAAGUUGUACCCAUGUACAUGUAAUACAUACAUUAAUUCAUACAUUAAUACAUACAUUAAUACAUACAUUAAUACAUACAUGAAUCCAUACUCAUCAAAUAAGUUGUACCCAUGUACAUGUAAUACAUAUAUUAAUUCAUAACCAUUAAUUUAUGUAAAUUCAUGCCACAUGAUCUAAGUAAUAUGUUACCUCAAAUCAACAUGUAUACAAAAUAACUGUAAUAAAUAUAUUAAUUGUCGCUCAUUUUAAACAUGCAAUAAAUUAUACUUGUAUAAUACGUACAUUAAUUCAUAAAUAUGUAGCAAAUUCA